UAUGUCAAUGUCAACGAAACUAAGUGUCACCAUCAUAUGUUCGGCUUGCAAUUGAUUAUGAAAUGAAUUAAUUUUAAAAAUAAUUAAAAUCAAUUGAAUUAUGGCUUUAUCCUUCCUCCGCAGUAAUGUGAUCGCUAGACACGUGAAAAGGCAAUUUUACCAAAAUAAACGCAGUGCUGGCUACGUCGUUUUAAUCCCAGAAAUUGGUGAAGAUGCAGAUAAGAAUAUUCUCCUCUCUGAUAACGGCCUCCCGGAGUUUACCGACAUUACCAUAGAGAAGUGCAUCGCCGCCAUCAGCAAGCAGAGUUUAGAAUAUGAAAGUGGUGUAAAGCAGAUUGAGCAUGCAUCUCCGAAGUGCAAAAAUGCAUUCACAGAAAUAUUUCUUCCUUUGGAGAAGUUUGACAGUCAAUUAGAACUGACAUGGGGCAUGGCUAAAGCUCUAUACCUGGGAAACAGUACGCUGAUGCCCACGAAAUCAUAUAUACAAAUCCACGAACGAGCCCAUCAAGCUAGAAUGACCAAAUUCAACAGUGGGCCGAUAUUCCAAGCGGCGGUUGAUGAAAAAAAUCGACUAAAAAAACUGACUGAUGAAGAACAGAGGCUCCUAGACAAAUACAUUUUAGAAGGGAAACUCAAUGGAUUAGAAGUAAAGGGCGCGAAACGUGACAGGCUAGGAAAUCUACUUGGUUCGUUAAAAAAGGAAAGGCAGAUUUAUCGUGAGAAAGUCAAUACAGCUAAUAAAUUGUUCACAUCUACAAUAGCUGAUGAAUCUAUUCUUAAGGAAUUUCCAGAGAGCUUGGUCAAGGCUAUGGCGGGCAAUGAGACGGGCAGGGGUCCUUGGAAAGCUACAUUGGAACCCCAUAUUUUUGAGCCUUUUAUGCAGUAUUGCCCAGAGAGAAGGCUCAGAUGGAAUAUGUGGCAAGCCUACAGACAACGAUGUUCGAAUUACGUCAACAAAGAACUUGAAACUAGUACGAAUUUGGAAAAGAUACGCAGUCUUAGACAUGAGCAAGCACAAAUCUUAGGGUUCGAUUCAUUUGUCGAUAUGAGCAUGGAAACCAAAAUGGCGGGGUCAGUUGAAAAUUUAUACAGUGUACUAGACAGUUUCCUUGAAACUGCUUACCCAAUGCAAGAAGUUGAAAUCGAAAUGCUGCAGAGGUUCGCCAACGAAAGAGGUUUUGACGUCAAACUUGAACAUUGGGACAUUCCAUAUUGGCAGAGAAAACAAAAAUGGUCACUCUAUAAUUUUGACGAGAAUAAAAUCCGAGAUUUUUUCCCUCUGCCUCGCGUCCUUCACAGUCUCUUUAACCUCUGCAGCACUCUUUUCAAAAUUCUGAUCGUGGAGCGCACGGGAGUCGAUACCUGGCAUAAGGACGUUAAAUUUUACGACGUUUACGAUGAAUCUAGUAACAGACCUAUAGCCGGCUUCUAUUUAGACCCAUACGCGCGUCAGAACCUUAAAAUUCGUGUGUACGAUGACGCUGGCUGGCAUAUUUCUGUACGUAAUAAAUGCACGUCCACUGAAACCACUCCACUCUCCGCUCUGAUUUUCAACUUCCAAGCGCCCAUAGACGGCAAGCCUUCUCUAUUAACGUUCAACGAAGUAGGAGUAUUAUUUAAAAGGUUCGGCCAUUCUUUGCGCCAUUUACUGACAACGGCUAACUUCUCGGAGGUAGCUGGUCUGUCCAACGUUGAGUGGGACGCGGCUGAAGUUUGCGGCCAUGUCAUGGUCCAUUGGUUAUACGAUCCCCACACGAUUCGCGCGUUAAGCGGACAUUACAAAUCUGAGGAACCGUUGCCAGAAAACAUUAUUACAAAUCUUCGAAGCGUACGUCGACACAUGGCAGGAUAUGAUCUGUGUCAAGAACUAUACUUAUCGCGUCUUGACUUAGAAUUACACUCAAAGAAAACUUUCUGGCGCGAUCUCAUGAAGGAACUAUGGCCUAAAUACAACAUUCUGCGGCUUGAUAAAUACGACUCGCAUCCUUUGUCGUUCACGAAAGUUAUUUCAGAAGAGUGGGGGGCGGCUUACUACUGCCAUCUCUGGUCGAAAAUGAUCGCCGCAGAUAUUUACAGUGCAUUUGAAGAGGCUAAACAAGGAGAGCAGGAUAUAUUAUCUGUGGGAAAGAGAUACAGAGAUACCUUCCUGGCGUACGGUGGUAGUUGCCACCCUAGCGAGGUAUUCAGGAGGUUCCGAGGAAGAGACCCUUCGCCCCACGCCCUCUUAAACAAUUUAGGGUUAUCGAAGAAGAUGAUAGAAGAAUAAAACUACGUUAUUUUAGUUAUGUAUUGUAAUUUAAUACGAAUUAUAAUAUUUUUUUCCUUCACA